CAGAGAAGAAGCAGCCGCAAUAGAAGAAGAAGAGUGUAGAGAAGUGAAAUGUGUUUUUCAAAAAUCUGUUCGCUGGAAGUAAAUUAAACGUUGGAUUAAAAGGAAACUGCUUUUUUAAAAACAAUAUUUCCAAGACCCAGUAAUAAAGACGGUUCAGGUGAAUGUAAGAAGAUGGUAUUGAAAGAGAUUCCAGCAGACAAUAUCACUAGCCCUUUGGGCCGGAACGAGGUCAUAGGUUUACUCUUUCGCCUCACAAUAUUUGGUGCCGUCACCUAUUUUACAAUAAAGUGGAUGGUGGAUGCUAUUGAUCCAACAAGAAAACAGAAAGUUGAGGCACAAAAACGGGCAGAGAAACUCAUGCGGCAGAUUGGAGUGCAGAAUGUGAAGCUUUCUGAAUAUGAGAUGAGCAUUGCAGCUCAUCUUGUGGAUCCACUGACUAUGCAGAUUACAUGGCAUGACAUUGCAGGUCUGGAUGAAGUCAUAACUGAACUGAAAGACACGGUUAUACUUCCGAUCCAGAAGAGACAUCUGUUUGAAGGAUCCAGGCUUCUUCAGCCACCCAAAGGUGUGUUGCUGUAUGGGCCUCCAGGCUGUGGGAAAACUCUUAUAGCCAAAGCUACUGCCAAAGAGGCUGGAUUCCGCUUCAUUAACCUGCAGCCUUCCACUCUCACUGACAAAUGGUACGGAGAAUCCCAGAAACUAGCUGCAGCUGUCUUUUCACUGGCCAUCAAGCUACAGCCCUCUAUUAUCUUCAUCGAUGAGAUCGAUUCCUUUUUGAGGAGUCGCUCAAGUUCAGAUCAUGAGGCCACCGCUAUGAUGAAGGCUCAGUUCAUGAGCUUAUGGGAUGGACUGGAUACUGACUACAACUGCCAGGUCAUAAUAAUGGGAGCCACCAAUCGGCCACAAGAUCUUGAUUCUGCUAUACUCCGAAGGAUGCCCACAAGAUUCCACGUCAAUCAGCCUAAUGUCAAGCAGAGGAACGACAUAUUGAAACUGAUCCUGGAGAAUGAGAAUGUGGAGUCUGCUGUGGACUUUGGUGAAAUUGCAAAACAGACCGACGGGUUCUCAGGAAGUGACCUCAGAGAGAUGUGCCGAGACGCUGCUCUGCUUUGUGUGCGUGACUUUGUGCACCAAGAAAGUCCAGAUGAAGACUUCAUCCGUCCCAUCAGGCAGGAAGACUUGCAGAGGGCAAUUGGGAAGAUGAGGAAGUCCAAAUCUGCAGGAGUGCAAGAGGUGUUUAUGCAUGUACCUCUGGACUGAAAUGUGAUGCUGCUGUUUUAAAAGAACAAGAACCUAGAUUUGGUCUGUUUUUCUUAUUUGUGGCAUAUCGUCAUGUUUUGCAAGAGGGGGAACUCAGGAUUUAUAAAUGGUGGAAUGGAGUUUUUUUUUCUUUCUCUAAUCAUGUUUUUUUUUUGCACUGUAAUUUCCAUACUGUAUUUGCCACUCAAUCAGUUAGCCUUAUUUU